AUGUAUCCUUCUCCCAUCUCUGCCAGCCCCCCCCAUCUACUCUUCUCAUUCAUUCCAGCUGAGCUGUCCCUUCUUUCAGCUUUCUUGCUCCCACCUACACUCUUUUUCAACCUUCCUCUUCUUUCUGCUUUCUCACCCCACUACCUUUCCUCCUCCACACCCUCUUUUUCCUCCUCUAAUAAUAGUAAACUACCAAAUCCCCGCAUUGUUGAACAUCCUCAGGACAGUUAUGUUGCCAAAAUGACACCAGCCAAGCUGAACUGUCGGGCAGAGGGUGACCCCAAACCAGUGAUCACAUGGUAUCGUGAUGGUGUAAAAGUGGUUACAACUGAUAAGGACCCUGAAUCAAAUAAAAUGUUAGUAGACGGAGGAGCUUUAUUUUUCCUACAAAUCAUCCAUAAUAAGAACAACAAACCGGAUGUUGGUGUCUACUAUUGUAAUGCAACUAAUAUUUAUGGGAGUGCAAUUAGCAGGAAUGCUACUUUGAAAUUGGCAGUGCUCCGUGAUGAUUUUAAAGUGAAUCCUGAAGAUACAAUGGUUGCAGUUGGGGACACAGCAAUUUUAAAAUGUCAGCCCCCAAGAGGAGAACCAGAACCACGAGUCAUCUGGAGAAAGGACGGCAGUAGACUAGCGACGAAUAGCCGUAUCACUUUAGAACAAGAUGGAGAUUUAAUGAUAUCUUCUAUUGAGAAAGUCGAUGCUGGUGAAUACACCUGUGUUGCUGUUAAUAAAGCAGGUGAAAGUGAAAGUCAAACGGCAAAAGUAACCGUUUAUGAGAAGCCACGAAUAACCAUCCAACCAAAGGACAAAGUUGUGGAAAAAGGUAAAAAUGUAGAAUUAGAAUGCCGAGCAAGAGGAGAUCCAAAGCCUGUUAUUACGUGGAGGAGGGAAAAAACUAACCUACCACCUGACAGAUCUCAUGUGUUGGAUAAUGGUAAUUUAUUGAUUGAAGAAGCCGAAGUGAGUGAUGAUGGUUUAUAUAUAUGUCAAGUCGAAAAUUCAGUCGGAGUAUCUGAAGCUGUUGCUAAGCUAACUGUACACGCUGUUCCUGAAUUUGUUAUAUCUCCUACAAGUAAAAUGAUCGGUCUUGGUCGCACCUUGUCCUUACAAUGCGUUGUAGAUGGAAGUCCAGUUCCUGCAUUGUACUGGCGACAAGGAACAGAUCAGAAUUUGAUGUUUCCAAAACGUGAUUAUGGCCGAUUCUCUGUUGAUGAAAUCGGAACUCUGCGAAUCCGUCAAGUACGGUUUGAAGACGCUGGAGAGUACACCUGUCAUGCUUACAAUGCUGCAGGCAGUAAAGACAAGAAGGUCCAUAUCACAGUCAGGGAACUUGAUCCUGAAAUUCCUGAUAAUGACUUGCGCCCACCGCCAAUCAUUAACAUGGGCCCACAAAAUCAGACUUUACAGACCACAACGGGCACCGUUUUGCCAUGUCAGGCACACGGAGAUCCGAUGCCCGCAAUCCAGUGGCUUCGGAACGGGCGACCCCUACAAAUGAACAAUCCUAGGCUGAUGCUUUUGGGAACUGGAUCCCUGCAGAUAUCUGAUCUUCAGGUGUCGGACACUGCCACUUAUACUUGCCGAGCUGUUAGUGAAACAGGAGAGACCACAUGGAGUGCAACUCUCACGGUCCCUGCUCCUGGAACUCCGGGUGUCCAGUAUCAUCGUGCACCAAAAUCAUCAAUGUUUCCUGGUGCACCAUCUCGCCCUGAAAUCAGCACUGUGACCGACACAACCGUUCACUUGACAUGGAAUCCAAGUUCACAUAAAGGUGGAUCUCCAAUAUACACAUACACAAUAGAAUAUUUCAGUCCACAAACUGGAAAGGGUUGGGUAACUGCAGCUGAUGAUAUAUCACUUGAAAGUUAUACAGUACGCCAUUUAAAACCCAAUAAAAAUUAUGUGUUCUUAGUUCGAGCCCGAAACUCUCAUGGUAUCAGCGCCCCUAGUCCUUUGUCGAGAAUGAUAGAGACCCAAGGUCGAAGAGGAAGUGCCAUGUUCACACAAGAAGAGAUUGAGCAACGUUUGCGUGGAAUUGUUGUUAAUCUUCUCCAAGGAGAGGCUUUUGGACCAUCAGCAAUUAGAGUAUAUUGGCAGGUAAUGAAAGGACACAAUGCAAUUGAUGGAUUCAAGAUCAAAUAUAGGAGAACAAAACACAAUAGUGAGAUUCAUACUAUAACAGUGGAGGAUCCAACUGCUACUUCCUAUCUUAUUGAAAACCUUUAUAGCCACACCUGGUACGAAAUCUGUAUUCGUGCCUAUGGGGGAAAGGUGUUUUCGCAGUGUAGCAAUCCCAUCAAAGUUCACACAAAUGAAGGAGCCUUGCCUGCUGCUCCUGAAAAUAUUGUCAUGCACUGGUUAUCAGACAGCAGUAUGUCUGUCCGAUGGUCUCCACCACCUCGACCACACCGAUACGGUGACAUUAGUGGAUAUGUGAUUCGUUGCUAUGGAGAAGAUAGAAAGGACAACUGCAGUCUUAGUACCAAUUCCACUGUGCAAAGAGUUGUGCUAGAACGGCUGAAUCCAUCAUCGACCUACAUGCUGCAGAUUGCUGCAGUUACUGGCAAGGGGACUGGAACGUGGAGUAAGAAGUUCUAUAUGGUGCCAGAAAAACCCUCCAUCAUGAAACAGCCAUGGUUUAUCGGAAUGCUGAUAGGAACGAUUGGUGGAACAUUAUGGAUUGCACUAUGUAUUGUCAGUAUUUGGUUGUGUCGUAAAAAACACACCCAAAAGAAAUUAAUGGAACAGAGUGGCAUGUAUAGCACUCCCUUGCAAAAGCAAGAUGAACAAGCCAGGAAUGCAAAUCUAUUGUCCACCGAAAUGUCACAAAAAGAGCCCAAUAUGGUUGGCAACAUGGCUGAAAUGGGCAAUUUGCAGCCUGAUCUUACCAACAUGCUGGACCAGAGUGAAAUGAAAGAUCAGAAUUUGUACAAUCGUAUCAGCAUGAAUGUUCCACAAAUGAAGACAUUCUACCAAAAACCAAAUCCUGUACCUGCUGUAGCACCAUAUGCAACCACCACUUUGAUUAACACUUCCAACCUUCUUGGCAAACCAUUGCAGGGUUCGCAGAGUGCAUUUCGUCCAAUUAACCAAGGAUACAUUCAUCAUGGAGGAAGUGGAUCAAGUGAUAGUUGCUUGAAGCCAGAUAUGGGCAGCAGUGACACAGACAACAGUCGGCCAAAUACAGAUAUUUUGAUGGACCAUGAAAUAGCAAGCCCAGGAAGUGACAGUGGCAGUUACACAGCUGAUGAGACUGGAAUGCCUAUCAAACGAGGUCGACGACUCUACAAACCUUGUGGGACAUUGGGCAAACAGCCUAUGGUCAACUGGGCUGAGCUUCUACCGCCACCCCCUGAGCACCCGCCACCCUGCGAAAUGAUGUCUCCAACAGAUUCACCUGUGAACACCCUGCAUCGAAAUCCCAACGUCCAGUCCAUGAGUGGGGGAGGGCUAAUCUCCCCGGUCUCCAAAAUUUCGGCUUGCUCAUGUCCAGUUCAAUAUAGUCAGGGUCCAUACAUUGCCAGAAAUAAUAUCUAUUCAGACACAGAGCAGUCAAAAUACGCCAAAAUCCGGGACACCCAUCCGUAUUCUACGAAAACUUUGAGUGAGCUCCGGACUCAGUCCCCUCGUGGAGACCUACGGGCUUAUUCACCCCGAACCACCGGCUGCAUUCAGCAGAGCACCUGCUUGGGACACACUCCACGAUGUUGCCAUAGUGACUGCGAACAAAGUAUAUAUGGUCCUUCUUUGAAAGGGUACCGGCUCCCUUCAGAGGCUGAAGGAGAUUACCGUUAUAUCAGCAGUGAUCCCGAACGUGGGCCAACCCCACCUGUCAGGAUGCAUUCUACCAAUAUGGUGGAUCUGAUCGAUGGACCACACAUGGACAGGGCUUGCCAAUCGUCUUUACCCAGUCUGGCUAAUGAGUGCAUGCAGUCACCACUUUACCCGGCUAGGUUGGAGGUAACAGCAAGCGGCCCUCAUCUAAAUGUUGAUUUUGAGGGUUACUCACACAACCCAGACUCACCGGUUUCAGAAAUACCAGAUUACGCUGCUUCUAUGAUGGCUUCUUGGGCUAGUGUGACUGACAACAGCAACACCAGUUGUAGCAGCAUUCGUUCAAGUGCUGCCAGUUCUAGUGACGGUUCCUUCCUCACAGAAGCUGACUUUGCCAGCGCCGUUGCCAAAGCUGCUGAACUGUCAGGUCUCACUGUCGUUGGAACAACUGUCUGUGAUCCUAAAGCUGGCAAGAAGCAUCAUUCUCGGAGACAUCACCGAGCCGCACGUCCUACCAGUCCUUAUAGCACUGACAGCAACUUCAGUGCCGUUGUACAUAAACCCUAUCCCAAGUCACAGCGCAAGAAGCAGUUAUUGGAGCAAGGUAAUAAAAAAUUAUCCUCUGCUCGACAACACCAGCACAGUCUGCACCAUAAUCACCAGCAAAAUCCUGAACAAGAACCUUUGUUGGCCCCUGAACCCUCUGCUCCCCCACCAGGCUUAGAUGGGGAUAAAGAUAUUGAUGCCCAAAACAACACAUUGAUUUCAUCCAGUGGUGAGUAG